UUAUUGGAAGUAUAAAAGAGGAAAACAAUAGUGAUUUGAAGAACAUCGGCAGAGACUGGAAGAAGAACUCAGAAGACAUUAUUGUUGCUCGUUCCUUAUUCAGAAUGUCCCCUAAAAGCGCACGAUUCGUUACUCUGAUCUUGCUUGUUGCCGUAGUAUGUACUCUGUUCACAAGAAUUCGGGGCCAGCAGUUCUACCCUAAUGGACGAUACGGACGUCGGGAUUCUAUGCCUCCACUUUCAGGUGGCAACAGAGAAAUGAUCCUGUCGUUUUUUGGAGACGGCAGUGUUCGCUGUGUGUAUACAGGCUAUUCUGAUUAUUACAGAUGUGGAAGGUCUGUCGAUAAAACUAACCCACAGCUGACCGACUAAAUCUGCUGAGGAAAACUUAUCUGACAAGUUUCAUGAUUUUAACGUCAUAAUUACGUGAAAUUCUUUAAUUACAUGAAAAAAAUAUUUAUUUGAUGUAGAAAUAAAAAAUAAAACAUUAAAAAAUUCAGUGUAUCAGUUAUGUUUUCUGAUUUUCA